ACGCUGCAGACUUUACAGGGCUUGACCGACAGGAAAACGUUUUUGACGUGCAUUGCAAAAAAUUGCUUUGCAGACUUCAGAAGAUUGAGUGGGAUGCAAUGCUGGAUUCCCAGCGUAAUGCUGCGCUGGCCAAACGGCAUCGGAUGGUCAUGUCCGACCCCAUGUUCUUUGUGGUCUGCAUAUGUUAUUUCAACUUGGUCAUUUCUGGUCUCAACAAAGGACGCUUGCAAGAUGAUCCCAAGAAAAAAAUUGCAGGCAAGAGCACUUCGACUCUUCAUAGUCGUGCAGAUCCAAUGAUGAGGUUUUUGCACUACUGCCCCAACUUACAGCUCAAGGCCUUUCCAGUGUUUGAGGAAGUUGUGUACUCCUUUAUGCAGCACGAGGAAGAUAAGGUCAGGUUGCUUCUUGUGGCGGUGACUGCGAAUGGAGUUUCAAGUGAGUUUUGGAGCCAAGCUUGGAAGAGCGUGUUGGCCGAAGCAGGGGUACAGGUUGGACAUGGGAAACCUUUGCUGCCAGUCAGGCUGAUGGGCUACUAUGUGGCUGACAAGAUGUCUACAAUGUUGACUUAUGGAAAGACAACACAAGAGCCCGUUUUGAAGUACUUGCUUGGUUUGCGAUGUGACGGCUUUGAACGCGAAUCGGGCAUCUCAUAG